GGAGCUGCAGGCACAGGGCUCUAUUACACGAAUGACGACUUUCGCCACCUGACCAUCGCUUUGCAACGCUGUGGAACAGCGGGAGCGGUCACUGUGCAGGUCGCCUAUCACUAUCAACGCAUGCUUUCUCGAGAAUAUGCCACCGAGGAAGAACGAAAACAAGCGAAGCGAGAAUGCGAUUUACAAUGUGCGAAUAUUGUGCUGGCAGGUUUGCAAAAGCUGGGCGGUAUCUAUGUCAAACUCGGCCAACACAUCUCGGCGAUGAUGUACAUUUUACCUGUGGAGUGGACAUCGACCAUGGCCGCUUUGCAAGAUCGAUGUGAAGCAAGUUCAGCCCAAGAUAUUCGAGAACUGUUUUCGAGUGAUUAUGGUGAAAGCUUGGAUGAUAUUUUUGAGGAAUUCGAUUGGCGCCCUCUGGGAGUGGCGUCACUGGCACAGGUGCAUCGAGCUCGGUUACGUCCUUUGCGCGACGGUACACGAUUGGGGAACGAUGGUUGGGUAGCGGUCAAACUGCAACAUCCCAGAUUGGAUGAAUUUGCCAAGAUCGAUUUGGCCACUGUGACUUUUAUCGUUACCACCAUCAAGCGUGUGUUUCCCGAUUUUGGAUUUGAAUGGAUCAUGCAUGAAAUGCGUGAAUCGUUACCCCAAGAAAUGGAUUUCAGGCAUGAGGCGAAAAAUGCCCACCAGGUAGCUCGAAACUUUGCUGCUGAAUGUAAAAAGGGAACCACACCUUUGGUUAUUCCGGAAAUCAUUUGGGCAAGGCGACGUAUUAUGUGCAUGGAAUUUAUUGAAGGAGCCCGCAUUGACGAUUUGGAGUACAUGAAGCGCCACAACAUUGAUGCGGCCUCGGUAUCGAAAGAACUGUCGGCCAUCUUUUCGAAAAUGAUGUUCCUCGAUGGAUUCGUGCAUUGUGAUCCUCAUCCCGGUAAUGUACUUAUUCGUCCUGCCAAAAAUCCAAAGCACUCGUCUUUCAAUUUCGAUCUUGUCUUGCUGGACCAUGGACUUUACCGAACACUGACCGACGAUUUGCGUACAAACUAUGCUCAUCUGUGGACGUCGUUGAUCAAGGGGGAUGAAGAAGGCAUUCGUACCUAUGCUUUGCUUGUGGGAUGCAAAGCGAAUACCCAUCGUUUGUUUGCUUCUUUGUUGACGGGGCGUGAGUGGCAGACCAUUCAGUCGGCGGAUCUUUCGUCAUUACGUUCCGAUACAGAAAUGGAGCGUGUGUCGGGUCGUGCCUCGGGUUUCCUACUAAAAGUGGCCGAUAUCUUGGCGACGUUGCCGCGUGUUGUGCUAUUGCUGUUGAAAACAAGCGAUCUUUUGCGUAGCUUGGAUGAGACAUUACGAGUCUCUGUCGGCGAUCAUAUGACAUACAUCAUCAUGGGCCGUUACUGCGCCAAGGCGGUGUGGCUGGAAAGCAAGAAGCGCGUGCUCGAUAUGAUGUCCACGACUGGCGUGACAUGGCACCUGUUCAAGCAACUUUCCAAUGCGUGGUGGGAAUACCAUUCGCUGGAACUGGGAUUAUGGCUCUAUCAGUUA